AGAUAUCUGCAAUUUUAUUACGGUAAAAACAUGGCAAAAAACUAUGGUUUUUUGAUUUGUUUAUUGAUUAUGGCUUUGGAUAUUACUGCUGGAGUACUUGGCAUUGAAGCUGAAAUAGCUGAAAACAAGGUGAAGCAUUUGAGGAUGUGGAUUUUUGAAUGCAGAGACCCAAGUUUACAAGCUUACAAGCUAGGACUUGCAGCAUCUGUACUACUUGGUCUUGCUCAUGUUACUGGGAACUUACUUGGUGGUUGUGUGUGCAUUUGGACAAAGAGAGAUUUAGACGAAGCAUCUGCUAACAAACAAUUAGCUGUGGCUUCCCUUAUUUUCUCAUGGAUAAUAUUAGCAGUGGGAUUCACAAUGCUGAUCAUAGGGACACUGUACAACUCAAAGUCGAGGAAAACAUGUGGCAUAACCCACCAUCGGCUCUUUUCCAUUGGAGGGAUUCUAUGUUUCAUUCAUGGACUUUUCACCGUUGCUUACUAUGUAUCAGCCACCGCAGCUGGCCGAGAAGAUAAAGCAAAUGGGUCUCGAGCCACCACUGCUUAAUUUGCCUUUUUCCCUACUUUCUUCAUGCUUUGUAACAAAAGCCUACAAUCCACAUUUUUUAUUUUAUUCUUUAUUUUGUAUUGAUGUUUUGGAUAUAACCACCAUGUUAAUGGUUGUUUUA